UUGAUCACAUUUCUCAGCCAGUGUGUGUGUUUGCCUCGCGCUGUGGGACGGCUCUUUGAUGUGAGGCAGGCUGAUCAGGGAUCAGAUACACGCGCGUCAGAUCCAUGAAGCCACCCCCUCUACCCGUCUUUGAUCUGUGGCAGAGUGUAGUCCUGCUCGCUGUGUUUCUGCAGCUGACAUGGUGAGCGGACCGGUGCGGGACACACAGCUCACCUCUCACCGGUCUGCUGUCGACUUAAAACCACCAACAACUUCACUUAAAUACUCUUUUUCUCUCAGCUGCAGGCAACAAGUGCUUCAUCAACAUGUUCAGGAUCCUUCAACACACCUUCUCACUUCUGCUCACCGUGCAUGUCAUAUAUUCAGCUCUGAUUCCUGUGGGGGCCGAGGAGGAGACAAGGGAGUGCCGAGAGCAGGAGUACAAGGACCGCUUCGGGAGCUGUAGGCCCUGCAGGCAGUGUGAUGCAGGACAGGAGCUCUCAAAGGAAUGUGGCUUUGGUUAUGGAGAGGAUGCCCGGUGCGUGCCCUGCCGGAGCAGCCGCUUCAAGGAGGACCGCAGUCUGCAGAAGUGCAAGCCCUGCCUGGACUGCGGACUCAUCAACCGCCUCCAGAAGGGCAAUUGCUCGACCACCAGCAACGCCGUGUGUGGAGAGUGUCUGCCAGGAUAUUACAGGAAGACCAAACUAAGUGGUUUCCAGGACAUGGAGUGUAUCCCCUGUGGAGACCCUCCGCCUCCUUAUGAGCCACACUGCAGUGGGCGAGUGAACCUGGUGCCCCUCCCCCCGGUGGUCACCAGCCCGCGGGACAUGGCGCUGGCGGCGGUGAUCUGCAGCGCGCUGGCCACCGUGCUGCUCGCCCUGCUGGUCCUCUGCGUCAUCUACUGCAAGAGGCAGCUGCUGGAGAAGAAGCCCAGCGGUGAGUCUCAGCCUCUGCACAUCUGCUGGUUCACAAUAUGUUUAUUGGUAUUUUCUUAUUGAACAACAAUCAACAACCAUGUACAUCACAGAGACAUACACACACCCUCAACUUGCACCAGUAUUAAAAGCAUAAUCAAAUACAUAAAACAACAUCAUUUCACAGUUUCCUUUCAGAGGCAGUCCACAUUCCCAUCCCUCAUGAUGUGCACAUACGGCUCCCAGAGCUGAACAGAGUCUGUUCAAGUUGAUCUCUGAAUAAAAGAAUUGGCUGAAUCAGGACAGGUGUAACCUCUGAUGAGUGGUGCUUUGAAACAUGUCUUCAAAGAUCAAUGCAAACGCCUGAAGUUAGAAAACACUAUUCAUGCACUUCUGCUUAAGUUCCUACUUUUUACACAAAUUCUGAAACAUAUUCAGUUUUCAGAA